ACUCUAGAAACAUUGAAGAAAGUGCAUGCUUUUCUUCCUGCAGAUGCGCGCAUUAUUCCUGGACAUGGCGUGGCGAUGAAGCGCGAAGAUCUCAAGUGGCACAUUGACUACCUUGCUGCAGUAAAGAUGAGUGUGCAAGAUGCGAUUGACCAAGGACUUAGUUUAGAAGAAACUGUCAAGCAAGUAACAACGCCAGAGUUUGGUGGUUAUGCACUGUUUGGAUGGGUUCAUUCUGAUCUUAAUGUGCCAGCAGCAUAUAAAGAUUUAAGUAAGAAGUGA